AUGAACCGCCCCAUCCAGGUGAAGCCGGCCGACAGCGAGGGCCGAGGAGAAGACAGGAAGCUCUUUGUGGGCAUGCUGGGGAAGCAGCAGAGCGAGGAUGAUGUCCGGCGCCUCUUUGAGCCCUUUGGCCAGAUCGAGGAGUGCACUAUCCUCCGAGGACCCGAUGGAGCUAGCAAAGGUUGUAAAAAAGCCGCCCGCCCCGAGGCGCAGGCUGCCAUCACCAGCCUGCACGGCAGCCAAACCAUGCCGACCUUCUCCUGUCUCCGGGUCUGGCAUGGGGUGGCAUUUAUCCCUCUGAGCCCCUGUGCGUGGGUGCAAAGGGGGGAUGCUAAUUUAUCCUCUCCUGCUCCCCCUUCCGCAGGUAAAAGCACCCCCCCUGGCAUCAGCACAGCGCCUGUGCCCAGCAUCGCCACGCCAAUCGGGGUGAACGGCUUCAGCCCUCUGCCACCACAGACCAACGGGCAGCCCGCCUCGGAGACCAUCUACACCAACGGCAUCCACCCCUACCCAGCUCAAAGCCCCACGGUGGCAGAUCCCCUCCAGCAAGCCUACGCAGGCAUGCAGCACUAUGCAGCAGCGUAUCCCACCGCCUACGCACCCAUCAGCCAAGCCUUUCCCCAGCAAGCGCCCAUCAUUCCGCAGCAGCAGCGAGAAGGUCCCGAAGGCUGUAACCUGUUUAUUUAUCACCUGCCCCAGGAGUUCGGGGAUGCGGAGCUCACGCAGAUGUUCUUGCCUUUUGGCAAUGUCAUCUCUGCCAAAGUCUUUGUGGACCGUGCCACCAACCAGAGUAAAUGCUUUGGUUUCGUCAGUUUUGACAAUCCGACGAGUGCUCAGGCAGCCAUUCAGGCCAUGAAUGGCUUCCAGAUCGGCAUGAAGAGGCUAAAAGUCCAGCUAAAGCGGCCGAAAGAUGCCAACAGACCCUACUGACCCCUGCGCACCCUGGCCCUGCAGAGAGGUCGGGCAUCCCGCGGUGUCUGACGACUUUCCCCUUCCCCAAGUGCAGUAUCCAAACCCGUAACUCUCUUUCUUUGCAACACAUCCUGGAGGAGGAAAAGGAGGAGGAAGAAGAGGAAGAGGAGGAGGUGAUGGAGA